GGUCCUGUGGAGACGCCGGAAGCGUCGGCAGGGAAGCCGGAAGCUGGGGGGCGGGGCCAGGAGGGGCGGGGGUAUAUGAGGAGGCCGGGGGAGCUUAGGGCAGACUUGCACUCAGGGCCACCUGCGGUACUUGCCUGUGGUGCUCUGAUCUGACCCCUUCCCGCGCUGAGACGCGGUGGUCGUCGGGGGCCGGGGAGUGUGGGGAAGUGUGGGCUUGUCGGGAGCACCUUCCGGUGACCGCGCCGGAGGCGAGGCUGCAGAGGCAGGGCCGGGGGUGGGGACGGGUCACCUGGGUUUCUGAGGGAAGACCCACGCCCCCCCGCGCCCCCCACCGCACAUCUCCACUGGCUGACUGGACACUAAGAUGGCUGCCGUUGCCAUGACACCCAACCCUGUGCAGACCCUUCAGGAGGAGGCGGUGUGCGCCAUCUGCCUCGAUUACUUCACCGACCCCGUGUCCAUCGGCUGCGGGCACAACUUCUGUCGAGUGUGUGUAACCCAGUUGUGGGGCGGGGAGGACGAGGAGGACCGGGAUGAGCUGGAUCGGGAGGAGGAGGAGGAGGUCGGGGAGGAGGAAGAAGUGGAGGCGGUGGGAGCCGGCGGGGGGUGGGACACCCCCAUGCGAGAUGAAGACUACGAGGGGGACAUGGAAGAGGAGGCCGAGGAGGAAGAGGAGGGUGUGUUCUGGACCAGCAGCGUUGGCGGGUCCAAUUGGGACAACAUGGACUAUGUGUGGGAGGAGGAGGAGGAGGAGGAGGACCUGGACUACUAUCUGGGGGAUGUGGAGGACCUGCGCGGGGAGGAGGAGGAGGAUGAGGAGGAAGUGCUGGAGGAAGAGGAGGAAGAGGAGCUCGACCCGGUUACCCAGCUGCCGCCCCCCCCAGCCCCUCGGAGGUGCUUCACGUGUCCCCAGUGUCGGAAAAGUUUUCCCCGGCGGAGCUUCCGGCCCAACCUGCAGCUGGCCAACAUGGUCCAGGUGAUUCGGCAGAUGCAUCCGACCCCGGGCCGGGGGAGUCGUGUGAGUGAUCAGGGCAUCUGCCCCCGACACCAGGAGGCCCUGAAGCUGUUCUGCGAGGUGGACGAAGAGGCCAUCUGCGUGGUGUGUCGAGAGUCCAGGAGCCACAAGCAGCACAGUGUGGUGCCCCUGGAGGAGGUGGUGCAGGAGUACAAGGCCAAGCUGCAAGGGCAUGUGGAACCACUCAGGAAGCACCUGGAGGCUGUGCAGAAGAUGAAGGCCAAGGAGGAAAGGCGGAUGACAGAGCUGAAGAGUCAGAUGAAGUCAGAGCUGGCAGCUGUGGCCUCAGAGUUUGGGAGGCUAACACGGUUUCUGGCUGAAGAACAGGCAGGACUAGAGCGGCGCCUUCGAGAGAUGCACGAAGCUCAGUUGGGUCGUGCUGGAGCAGCAGCCAGCCGCCUAGAGGAGCAAGCUGCCCAGCUGAGCAGGCUGCUGGCUGAGGCCCAAGAGCGGAGCCAGCAGGGGGGCCUGCGGCUACUGCAGGACAUCAAGGAGACUUUCAAUAGGUGUGAAGAAAUACAGCUGCAGCCCCCCGAGAUCUGGUCCCCUGACCCGUGUCAACCCCAUAGCCACGACUUUCUGACAGAUGCUAUCGUGAGGAAAAUGAGCCGGAUGUUCUGUCAGGCUGCAAGAGUGGACCUUACGCUGGACCCUGACACAGCUCACCCAGCCCUGAUGCUGUCCCCUGACCGCCGGGGGGUCCGCCUGGCAGAACGUAGGCAGGAGGUUCCUGAACAUUCCAAGCGCUUCUCAGCUGACUGCUGUGUACUGGGGGCCCAGGGCUUCCGCUCUGGCCGGCACUACUGGGAGGUAGAGGUGGGUGGGCGGCGGGGCUGGGCUGUGGGUGCUGCCCGUGAAUCAACCCAUCAUAAAGAAAAAGUGGGCUCUGGGGGGUCCUCUAUUAGCAGCGGGGAUGCCAGCUCCUCACGCCAUCAUCAUCGCCGCCGCCGGCUCCACCUGCCUCAGCAGCUCCUGCUCCAGCGGGAAGUGUGGUGUGUGGGCACCCACGGCAAACGCUACCAGGCACAGAGCUCAACAGAGCAGACACUGUUGAGCCCAUGUGAGAAACCAAGGCGCUUUGGCGUGUACCUGGACUAUGAGGCUGGGCGCCUGGGCUUCUACAAUGCGGAGACUCUAGCCCACGUGCACACCUUCUCGGCUGCUUUCCUGGGCGAGCGUGUCUUCCCGUUCUUUAGGGUGCUUUCCAAGGGCACCCGCAUCAAGCUUUGCCCUUGAUCAGCCUGCCACCCGCAGGGGCCCCUCUGGUCAUCACUGGGGGGGCGGGUGGUAGUGGAUGGUUGCCCACUAAGUUUGGGAGUGCCAGCUCCUCCCACUGUUGUUACCGAGUUGCUUCCUGCUUCCUCCUGAACCCAGGCCCCUGCUUCUCCCUCUAGGAGCCUAAGAACCUUCCUAGCUUCCAGCUCAGCCUUCUCUCACCUACUCUGUCUAUCCAACAGGUCUGCAUGGGUCCCUGAUAAUGAGAACAGCUGCCUGAUCUUCCCUCCCCGGCUGCCUAGCCCAGUCCAGCUCUGGGUCCCAGUUUGAGUAGGGGAUGAGGGGAGAUUGCAAUUUCAUUCCUUAACUUCCUUUUUUCCACCCCUACUCUUCAACCUUUAUGUCAUUUCUGAGGCUGGAGGGUUUGGGCAAGACUUACAUACCCAUUCCAAUUCCAUUUUCUGGUGCAAAUUUUUAGCAAAGGGAUUUGGAAGCUGAUGUGGGGAGGCAGGCUGGGCAAAAGGGUAGAGCUAGGUUAAAAAGUCUACUCUCCUGGGGAAGUAGGAACUCUAAGCUUUCCUUCUACCCUCAAUUUCUACCUCCAUAGACUGGCCAGAAUUUAGCUUCAGUGAGAUCUGGAAUGGUCACGAUUAACACCACACACCAUUACAUCACCCAGUAAAUUAUUUUCUCCCCCUUUUCUAGUAUCCUUACCUAGGAGCCAAGCUCCUCCCACCUCCCCCCACAUCCUUUCACUGCAAGGUCUUUCUCCCUUGUUCAGUGAAGUUUCAUCAGUUUCUGGCCUCUCUCCAUGCCUUUUAGUUCCAUUUGGUAAACCCAGUUGGGGAACCUGGGGACAGGGGUCUAGAUCCUUGGGUAUAAUCUAUUUUUCUAGUAACCCCUUGCCUUCUGUCAUUUAACAGCUUUUGUCCUCUGCUUUGAUGGCUGAGGUCAAUUCAUGUUCUUGGGGAAAAGGUGGAUUGUGUUGCAGAAAUAAAAUGUUUAUUUGCUUC